GUCUCAUUUCAUUGGACAGGAUCUCAUCCAAUGAGCCACGGCCAUCUGUGAAGGAAUACGGAGUUAGAAAUGAUCAUAUAACCUGUUUCCUUAUUCUUUGAGCGUUUAUUACUGAGUUUCAAGGAGCUAAACGACACAGUUUACCUGGACAGCGGGACGGUAGAAGCAUGAGGGUCGCAGUGGCAAUAUUUUCAGUUUUUGCAUCGGUAGCUGUCACCAUCGACGCUACUGUAUACUUCAAGGAACAAUUUCAGGAUGGAGAUGCAUGGAAGAGCCGGUGGCUUGUAUCGAAGCACAAGACUGACUAUGGAGAGUGGAAACUGACUGCUGGGAAGUUUUAUGGCGAUGCUGAGGCCGAUAAAGGUCUCCAGACCAGCCAGGAUGCCCGUUUCUAUGCUAUGUCCAGCCGCUUUGAACCCUUCAGCAACGAGGGCAAGCCCCUGGUGGUCCAGUUCACUGUCAAACACGAGCAGAAGAUCGACUGUGGUGGCGGAUAUGUCAAAAUCUUCCCAGCAAACCUAGACCAGGCAGCAAUGCACGGGGACUCGCAGUAUUACAUCAUGUUUGGGCCAGACAUCUGUGGCUACAGCACCAAGAAGGUUCACGUCAUCUUUAACUACAAAGGCAAGAACCACCUCAUCAAGAAAGAAAUCAAAUGCAAGGAUGACGAGCUGACACACCUGUACACUCUGAUCCUGAACCCGGACCAGACAUACGAGGUGAAGAUCAACAAUGAGAAGGUGGAGUCAGGCACUUUGGAGGACGACUGGGACAUUCUGCCCGCAAAGACCAUCAAGGACCCCGAGGCCAAGAAGCCAGAGGACUGGGACGACAGGCCCAAGAUUGACGAUCCUACAGACACCAAGCCAGAGGGCUGGGAGAAGCCUGAGAACAUCCCUGACCCUGAUGCCAAGAAGCCUGAUGACUGGGACGUGGACAUGGAUGGAGAGUGGGAGCCUCCUGUGAUCCCCAACCCGGAGUAUCAGGGAGAGUGGAAGCCAAAGCAGAUUGACAACCCCGACUACAAAGGUACCUGGGUGCAUCCUGAGAUUGAUAACCCUGAGUACACAGCCGACACCUCCAUCUACAAGUUUGACAACAUUGGAGUGCUGGGUCUGGACCUGUGGCAGGUGAAGUCUGGCACCAUCUUUGACAACUUCCUGAUUGGUGAUGAUGUAAAGGAGGCGGAGGAGUUUGGAAAUGAAACCUGGGGAACUACAAAGGAACCAGAAAAGAAAAUGAAAGAUGCACAGGAGGAGGAGGAGAGGAAAGCGAGAGAAGAGGAGGAGAAGAGCAAGAAGGACACUGCUGACGAUGAGGGGGAUGAAGAUGAAGAGGAGGAUGAGUCAAAGGAAGAGGAAGAGGACAGCCCAACGGAAGAAGGCGAAGAGGAAAUUCCCAUGAAGGACAAGGAUGAGUUGUAAAUUAAACUGAACAGAAGAUGUUUCUGUCCCGCCCUAUCUCCUCUCCAAUGGACUGACUGCUGUGCAUCAUCACAUUGCGUAAUACCCUAUGGACUUGCCCUUCCUGUGGCAACCUAUUUUUCAGGUGUAGGGGUGGGAAAGGGGCAGGCAAUGUUUGCCUUUUCUAGAGGUUCCAUUUUUUAUUUUUAAUAGGUGUUUAGGGUUGAAGAACUGGGUUUAAGUUUUAUGUUUCUGUGAGAAUGAUUCAUUUAGGAUAAUUUCCCCCUUUGUUCAGAAUGUGGUCUGUCCUGUCCAUGUGUCCUACAGUUGCUCUAGGUGGUGCUGCCACUGGCUUCCUUGCUUUUAUCAUCAGCUACCAUCAGUUCAUCCCUUCAGUGUCAAAGCAAAGGAUUAUUCCCCCCAUUCUUGUCAUCAAUCUUAUCUGAUGCUGUCUAUUUUGGGAAACAAAUUGGGUACAUAUCAGUUGUAGUUUGUUUUGAUUUAUUGUUUUAUACAGUUGUAUGCAGAACUGUACUAUAAAUUAUUAUAAUUAACAUCCUUUUAAUUUAUUCCCUCGUUACAAUCAUCCUCUGUUUGUCCACCAUUCAUAACUCUCCCAUGAUCUAUUUUGUACAUGUUGCUGUCUCAGACGUUGCUGUCUCAGACGUUGCUUUAGUUGUAUGGCAGCCGCAGACAUGACUAUCAGACUAAAGGAUCUAAACUGUGACUCACAAUCUUAAACAUGUCACUGUCCUCACAGAGUACUGUUUCAGUGAAUAAAUCAAGCUUUUUCUUUCAAUAAAAGUAUUUUCAGGAGACUUA